UCAUUCAUGGUCACGGCGCAUGUCAAGCGUGACGAGACGCGUUUGUGUCACUGACUGUCAUUGAGCUGAAUCAUGAAACUGACACGAACUUGGCUUGGGAUGAUGCCGACGUACUCAAAGCUUCCCUCCAAGGACCAAGUUCACCGAGAAGGAUGUUCCAGACUUGUCGGGUAAAGUCUGUAUCGUGACAGGAGGAAAUUCAGGAAUUGGGAAGGAAACCGUCCGGGUCUUAUUGGCACACAAUGCCAAGGUCUACAUGGCAGCGCGGAGCCAAGAGAAAGCAGAUGCUGCAAUCAAGGAGUUGAAGGAAGAGACUGGCAAAGCGGCUGUGUUUCUCAAACUCGAUCUUGGCGACCUUAAGACCAUCAAGGAAACUGCAGCCGAUUUUUUGUCGAAAGAAACCGAUCUUCAUAUUCUCUUCAACAAUGCCGGUGUUAUGAUGCCUCCCAUUGACGAGCGCACAAAGGAUGGAUACGACCUACAGUUCGGGACCAAUGUGCUAGGGCCAUAUUUUCUCACCAAACUGCUUUUACCGGCACUAUUGGCUGGCGCGAAAUCCAGCUUUGAUGAUAAAGCUCGGGUGGUGAAUACGUCGAGCGGGAUGCAUGUCACAAACAAGCUUAGUUUCAAAGACGUUCUGGAUGACAAUAAGAGGCAAAAAGCCGGCACUCAGCCGCUCUAUGCGCUGAGCAAAUUCUCUCUCAUCAUGUACUCUGCCGAGCUGGCUCGACGAUACGGUGACCAGGGCCUUGUUGUCACUUCUCUGCACCCCGGGAUCAUCAAGACCGACCUCCACAGGCAUAUGAAGGGUGCCCUCGGUGCGGUGAUCUCUCUCAUGGAGAGAACUGUGCUGCACGAUGUUUCGCACGGUGCACUGACCCAACUUUAUGCUGGGACCAGCGCAGCUGGGAAAGGUUUCAAUGGCAAGUAUCUGAUUCCUUGGGCUCGGAUUGGAAAACCACACCCUGGCACCCAAGAUCUAGAAGCUUCUCGUCAAUUGUGGGAAUGGCUGGAUACCCAGGUGACGGGUGUAAAGUAGAUUGACUUUCACGUUAUCCGUAAAUUUGUCAGCCUAGGAUCAGAUCGGAUCCGGCCGUUAGCCUUGUCUUCCAUCCAUUCUUCCAUCCACCACCUUGAUUGCUGGCUCACCACACCCACAUUCCUCCUGCUUCACUGGGUUUUGUUCUUGUAUACUAAACUCUGAUCAAUAUUAUGGCUUCUUCCGUGUUUUACAAAUUCAAUUCCAGAAAAGACGAGUCUCGAGUGACCUUCGAUGGUACUGGAAUAUCUGUCUUUGACCUUAAACGCGAUAUCAUCCUAGCCAACAACAUGGGUAAGGCGAAUGAUUUCGACCUGUUCAUCUACGACCGCAGUACGAACAAAGAGUAUGCGGACGAUUCGGAAAUCAUACCGCGGUCCUCUUCAGUCAUUGUGAAGCGACGGCCUGCCGCGCGUCCCGGCAAGGGCAAAGCCUCAAUAUACAUCGCAGGCGCUAGUAAUUCUGUCUCAACUUCCGAAACUGUUCAACGUGGUGGAGCGGGUCCCUCGAAUUCCUGGCAUAAAGGCGCCAUGUCGAGACGGUUCGACGGAAAGGAGGAGCCAGUCCCGGCCCCAGCUCCUAAGCCUGUGGCAGCACCGGUCGAUGGCGAAGACGACGAAGCGUCCGCUAUCUCAGCCAUGUUUGCUACACAGCAGAGCGCCUGGGAAGAAGCACAGGAGAAGAUGUCACAAGCACCCCGGAUAUAUAAUGGGAGCAGCACUCGGGGCAGCGGUUUCUCUCGGGGUGGAAAACCAUUUUCACCACAUCAGGCACCUCCACCAAACGACCGACCUUUACCGCCGAGUUACGUUUGUUAUCGUUGUGGCAAGAAAGGACACUGGAUCCAAGACUGUCCGACCAAUAGUGACCGCGAGUUCGACAAUCGGCCCCGCAUCAAGCGAACGACCGGUAUCCCGCGCAGCAUGCUCAAGGCCGUCGAGAAUCCCAACGUAGCAGAGCUGGGACAGGGUGUCAUGGUAACUCCGGAUGGUGGAUAUGUAGUUGCUCAGCCAGACUCUGCAUCCUGGCAAAAGCAGGUCUCCCGCGCCAAAACACUUACCGUCGCGGAUGUGCGGGAAAAGCAACCAACAGAUGCGUCUCUGGCGUGCCCCAUAGACAACAAGUUGUUUCGAGAUGCAGUCAAGACUCCUUGUUGCGGAACAAACUACUGCGAAGAGUGCAUCCAGACGCAUCUCCUUGAACGUGAUUUCGUAUGCCCCAAUUGUGCAAAGAAAAUUCCAUCUCUGGACCAACUUAUCGCGGACAAGCCGAUGCGAAUAAAAGUCACUGAUUACAUUGAGAACGCCAUCGAGAAGAGCAAAACGGAAGGACUAACGGAGGAAGCCGGUCCCUCGGAUGCGCCGAAGGAAGAAGAGGUCUAUGCCGAAGAGAAUAUGGACAUGGCAAAAAUGAUAACGGACAGCAUCCCCCAACUGCAGGCUCAAAUCGCACAGAUCUCCGCCAUGCUGCAGAACCCAGCGCUGCCAAAUGCGGUCCGCCAAAAUACGGAACUGCAGUGCCAACAGCUUCAGAUCCAGUUGGCGCAAGCGCAAGAAAUGGCGACUGCGAUUGCUAUGACAGGCCUUACACCCCAACAGUUGCAUAGUCUAAUGGCCGGGAUGACAUCCAAUUUUCCCGGCAUGGGCUGGACCAACAAUGGAUUUGCACAUCAAGGACAGGGCUCGUAUCAGCAGCAACCCAUCAGCAAUAGACGGCGGCCUGUAAAACGAGAACGUCCUCAAGACUUGCAGGAUGUGGGUAACGAGAGCAAGGUGGCCAAGUACGAGUAGCAGCACACCAUAAAUAAGUACAAGUAAUCACAUGUCGCUACCCCAGAUGUCCUGCGCGAUCUCAUGCACAAGCUUCAUCUUGGCCCACUGGUC